AUGGCAAGCGUCGUUAGAGCCUUACUCGAUUGGCUUCGAAGCCUGUUUUUCAAGACGGAGCUCGAGCUUACGCUGGUUGGACUGCAGAAUAGUGGGAAGACAACCUUGGUUAAUGUUAUCGCAUCGGGUCAAUUUACUGAAGACAUGAUUCCUACAGUGGGAUUCAAUAUGCGCAAAGUCACAAAAGGCAACGUGACAAUGAAGUUAUGGGAUAUUGGCGGGCAACCACGAUUCAGGAGUAUGUGGGAAAGAUACUGUCGUGGUGUGAACGCUAUUGUAUUUAUUCUUGAUUCAGCCGAUCCGAAAAAUUUAGAAGCGGCAAGGAAUGAGCUCAAGAGUUUGUUAGAUAAACCCCAAUUAUCUAAUAUUCCAGUAUUAGUACUGGGAAAUAAGAACGAUUUACCCGAAGCGUUGACUGUCGAGGAGAUUAUCGAACAGAUGUGA